UCCCUUAUUUAAUUCAAUUUCUUCAUCUUCACAAAUCAAAAUUCUCUUCUAACUCUUCUAUAUCUUCUUCUCCCGUUCUCAAGUUCUCUCUGCAACCAAAUUAAGCAAAAGUGCUUCAUCAAGAAGAUCCCAUGGCUGAUCGCAUCAACACGGCCGCCCCGUUGUUAACUGAUCAUGAAGGUGGAGGAAAUGAUAGAGGAAGGAGAAGCUCAUCUUGGGUUCAAAAACUGAUAGACGUAGAAGAAUCAAAGGCUCAGAUUAUGUACUCUCUUCCAAUGAUAUUCACAAAUCUUUUCAUCUAUUGCAUCCCUUUAACCUCUGUGAUGUUUGCUUCUCACCUCGGCCAACUCGAGCUCGCUGGUGCAACCCUCGCCAAUUCUUGGGCCACCGUCACCGGUUUUGCCUUCAUGACAGGGUUAAGUGGAGCACUUGAGACAUUAUGUGGUCAAGGCUUUGGUGCAAAAAGCUACAGAAUGUUGGGGAUUCAUCUACAAUCAUCUUGCAUAGUAUCAUUAGUCUUCACCAUCCUCAUCUCCAUCUUCUGGUUCUUCACAGAACCGGUUUUCGGACUAAUUGGACAAGAUCCCAAUAUCUCAAGACAAGCUGCACUCUAUAUGAAAUACCAAGCUCCCGGUCUACUCGCUUACGGGUUCUUACAGAGCAUUGUGAGGUUUUGCCAAACACAAUCCAUCGUUACUCCACUAGUCAUCUUCUCGUUUGUUCCCCUGGUGAUUAAUAUUGGUAUCGCAUAUGUUCUGGUCUAUUUAGCUGGCCUUGGAUUCAUUGGUGCUCCAAUAGCUACAUCUAUAUCAUUGUGGAUCGCUUUCCUUUCUCUUGGAACUUAUGUGAUCUGUUCAGACAAUUUUAAGGAAACGUGGACCGGAUUUUCAUUAGAACCAUUCAGUUAUGUAGUCAUAAACUUGACAUUGAGCCUCCCUUCUGCUGCUAUGGUAUGUUUGGAAUAUUGGGCGUUCGAGAUACUUGUGUUCUUGGCAGGUUUGAUGCCUAAUCCAGAAAUCACCACCUCUUUGGUAGCUAUAUGCGUCAACACGGAGUCCAUUAGCUACAUGUUAACAUAUGGACUUAGCGCAGCUGCAAGCACGCGUGUGUCCAAUGAACUUGGAGCAGGAAAUGUACAAGGCGCAAAGAAGGCGACUUCUGUAACCGUUAAGCUGUCUUUAGUCCUUGCUUUUGGUGUAGUGCUUGCUUUACUUGUAGGUCAUGAUGGUUGGGUUGGGUUAUUCAGCAAUAGUCCUGUCAUCAAAGAAGAGUUUGCAUCAUUGAGAUUCUUUCUUGCUGCCUCUAUAACUCUUGAUUCAAUCCAAGGUGUUCUAUCAGGAGUGGCUAGAGGAUGCGGAUGGCAGCAUGUAGUCACGGUUAUAAACUUGGGAACAUUCUACUUAAUUGGAAUGCCUAUUGCAGCCUUUUGUGGUUUCAAGUUGAAGUUAUAUGCCAAGGGUUUGUGGAUUGGUUUGAUAAGUGGAAUACUUUCCCAAUCUUCAUCACUCUUGCUUAUGACAAUUUUCCGGAAGUGGACAAAGAUAAAUGCGUCGGUCUGAAGAUUGUGUCGGAAGUGGGCAAAGCUAAAUGCUUCGGUCUGAAGAUCAUGAGAACAAAUUUAAGCAGUAAUCCUAUUCCUGAAGUCUACCUGUUUCCAUGGCAUUAUAUUACACAGGGCAAAGGCUUUCCUCUAGGUCUUUCAACUACCAUGUAAUGAUUAUACUGGAGAAUAUUUCCUCCACUGUUUUUAACCUGCCAAGGACGCAUCCGAAUAACACACUUAAGCUAGGAAAAGAAAAAAACAAAACAGCUAAUGAAAACACUUUUUCCUUACUAAUUAGGAUUUAGGAGUUCA